GUCGGUGCGCAGCGCCUCCUCCGCCAGGCAGCGGGCCGCCAGGCUGCGCCACACCUCGCUGUUCUCGUCGCCGUGGAGGACGCGGUGCCACAGCUUGCAGACCAGCGCGCAGCUCCGCAGCUCGCGCAGCUCCAGGUGUUCCUGAAAUAUGGCAGUCAAAUGGACUGAUGGACAUACCUCCUCUAUCCUGUGCCUGAACGUAAACAAGGAAGGGCUGGUAGCUUCAGGAGCAGAAAGAGGCGAGCUCACCAUCUGGGAUGGAAAAGGCAUUCCAGCAGGACAGCUCCAGCUUCAUAAGGCAGAUGAUGUUACCUCUGUUGUGUUCUCUCCCACCUGUCCUACCAGGCUGUACACUUCUCAUGGAGAAACUAUCAGUUUGCUGGAUGUUCGAUCUCUUAAGGAGCCUACUGAAUGCUUCCAAGUGAAUGAAGAGGAGAUCAAUUGCCUUUCAGUGAAUGAGACUGACAAUUUCUUGGCUGCAGCAGAUGAUUCUGGGACAAUAAAGAUUAUAGACUUAGAAAACAAGAAAGUCAGCCGGUCCUUGAGACACUCAAAUAUCUGCUCCUCUGUUGUCUUUCGACCUCAAAGGCCACAAAGCCUUCUUUCCUGUGGACUGGACAUGCAGGUUAUGCUGUGGAACCUACAGAAAGCUCGCCCACUGUGGACCACAAACUUGCAGGACUGUGAAAUGGAAGAAGCCAAUCCACAGUCAGCUGGCCAGUUCUUUAACCCUCCACUUGCACAUUCCCUGUCAGUUGCAUCAUGUGGCAACAUCUUUGGUUGUGGAGCUCAAGAUGGUAAAGUCAGAAUCUUCAGGGUCACCGGUGUUAAGUUUGAACAUGAGUUAGGAUUUAAAGGUCACAGUUUGGGAGUCUCACAGGUCCUUUUUAUGCCAGAAGCAUAUUGGCUGCUGACUGGAGGAAAUGAUGGGAAAGUCUUGCUCUGGGAUGUCAGCAGUGGUGUUGGAAAACAACAGAAAAGCCCAGCAAAAUCUCUCCAGAGAAAGAAGGCCCAGGCACCUACUUCCACCAAAAAAGAGGGAAAGCACAACAAAAUGGCUUCAAAUGAACAUGCUAGAGUUUUACCAAGGCUAACCAUUGAACAUGGAGAGAAGGUGAACUGGAUCUCAUAUGCAGAGAUCAAAGGCUCUAAGAGAGUAUUAGUUGCUGAUCAGAGUAGUUCUAUAUCUGUAUAUCCAUUACCAGAAGCUUAGAUGCCGAAAUGUUUAAAGAAAUUUGUGGUGAGGAAUCAUUUCUUAGGAUGUUUGAAAUGAGUCUAGUUAAAUCUGCUGACAGUGAACUGAACAAUGAAACCUCCUGCAACCUCAGGAAUGGCAAGGGAUUUGCUGUGUAAUUUCAUGCAAAUACUCAUGAUGUAAGUGACCUUGCACUGUAUUUUUCAGUGGCUGUUAGUAUUCACUGCAACUGUUUCUUGUAGGGUUGGCAAUUUGCUUCUUAAAUUUAAGUGAAAUGGGUUUCAAUAGAUUUGGGAAAAUGUUAGUUCAAAACUGACCUGAUAUAAUUAAGGUUGGAGGAAGAAAUUCACUUUAACAGAGAAACCUACAAUACUAAAUUAGGAUGCUGAGCAGUAAUAGAGAUGCAACUGGCUGAGCUUCUUGCAUUUUUACAGGGAGUAUGAACUAUUUCAAUGCUUUACUUUACCUUCCCUAUUAAACCACGUCACAGUUAGCUUAAAUUGGACGCAGUGUAUUUUUCAUUAAUUUGUCAGUGUUAAUUAAAUGUCAGUCAUUUAAGACUAGAAAAGCAUUUGUAAAUUAACUUCUCUAAUGAAUGAUCAAAUCCCUGUAACAGUCACUGUCAACUGUAUUUUUUUCACACUGUAAGCAAAGGCACUGGAGAAAAUGUUAACAACUGUUUACUUGGUCAGUCAUCUUACACAUUUAGUUUGCUUUCAGAAAUGUUAUUUACCCCAGGAGAGAAAAAUAACUUUGCAUUUGUCUCAAUAAAUGCUUUAUCUCUCAUUGCA